GGGGCGCAGGCGCAGCACCCCGCUCCGAUAGCUUCCGGCCCCCCGCGAUCCCAAGGCCUCGGUCGGGCCCUGCCGCCGCUCUUCCCCCAGGCGGGGGGUCCCCGAGGCCACCGGACCCCCACCCACCACCACCACCACCACCACCACCCUGAGACGCGGGAGCUGAGGGGGAAGGAACGCAUCCCCUCCCGGACGUGGUGGCAGUGGUAGGAAGACGAAGGUCGCUGCCUGCUCCUCCCCACGGCUGCGCCGCGGGGCCCCAGCGCCAUCAUCUCCUCCCCAGACGUGGGUGUUCUGGGGGGGGCAAGGACCCCCCACUGCUGUGGGCUCCUCUCCAGAAUUGGUUCCACCAGGAUCCCGUCGCCAUCAGCUCCUCUCCAGAAGGGGUUGCACCCCAGAACCUCGUCUUUGCUGCUGCUCCUGCCCAAAAGGGGUCCCACCAGCACCUCAUCUUCAUCACCUCCUCCCCAGAAUUGGUCCCACCAGGAUCCCAUCUCCGUCAGCUCCUCCCUAGAAGUGAUCACACCUGGACCUCAACUGUAGUAGCUUCUCCCCAGAAGUGACCCCACCUGGAUCUACCUCCAUCAGUUCCUCCCCAGAAUUGGUCCCACCAGGACCCACCUCCAUCGCCUCCACCCCAGACGUGACCCCACCAGGACCCACCUCCAUCUCGUCCAUCCCAGACGUGGUCCCACCAGGACCCCCCCCACUGGCCCCCUCCAGCACCAUGGAAGCAUGGCGGCAGUGCGCCCGCUGGCUGGUGGCAGCACGGGUGCUCCCCGCGGGCCACCGGGCCAGCAGCCCCGGGGGACAAGUGUGGGACCUGGCGCAGGCCCUGCGGGAUGGGGUGCUGCUCUGCCACCUCCUCAACGCACUCCUGCCCCGCGCCGUGCCCCCCCGGGACAUCUGCCCCCGCCCUCAGAUGUCACAGUUCCUGUGCCUGAGGAACAUCCGCACCUUCCUGACCGCCUGCGCUGACAAGUUUGGGCUCCCCAAGCAUCGCCUCUUCGGCGCCUUCGACCUCUUCGACGUCCAGGAUUUUGGCAAGGUGAUCGACACCCUCUCCACACUGUCCUGGACCCCCAUCGCCCAGAGCAAAGGCUUCACACCCUUCCCCACCGAGGACUGCAUUGGGGACGAUGACAUCUACAGCGGCCUCUCAGACCUCAUUGACGACACGGCGGAGGAGGACGACGACCUCUACGACUGUGUGGAGGCUGAAAAGGACGACGGCGACGAGAUCUACGAGGACCUGAUGCGGGUGGAGGCCCCCCCGGCCACCAAGGUGGAGGUGGACCGGAGGCUGUGCUGCCUCCAGGAGCUGCGGCAGACGGAGGAGAGGUACACGGAGACCCUGGAGUCCAUCUGCCAGCACUUCCUGCGGCCACUGCGGCACUUCCUGCAGCCCCAAGACCUCGAGAGCAUCUUCAUCAACAUCGAGGAGCUGCUGCAGCUGCACCGGCUCUUCCUGGGGGAGCUGCGGGGGGCAGUGGGGGGGCCCGGAGGGGGCCGUGGGCUGCCCCCCCUCUUCCUCGCCUACAAGGAGAGGUUCCUGCUCUAUGGCCGCUACUGCAGCCAGGUGGAGGCGGCCGCCCGGCGCCUGGACCAGCUGGCAGCUGGCACCGACCUCCGCAUGAAGCUGCAGGAGUGCUCCCAGCGAGCCAACAACGGGCGCUUCUCCCUGCGGGACCUGCUGAUGGUGCCGAUGCAGCGGGUGCUCAAGUACCACCUCCUGCUGCAGGAGCUGGUGAAGCUGACGCCGGAGCCGGCCGAGAGGGAGAGGCUGCGGGCAGCCCUGGAUGCCAUGAGGGACCUGGCGCAGUGCGUGAACGAGGUCAAACGGGACAACGAGACCCUGAAGCAGCUCACCAGCGUCCAGCUCUGCCUCCACAACAUGUCGCAGUCCCUGGCACAGUUCGGGCGCCCCAAGAUCGACGGGGAGCUGAAGGUGUCCAGCACUGAGCGGCGCUCCAAGGUGGACAGGUACGGCUUCCUCCUGGACAAGGCCCUGAUCAUCUGCAAGCGCCGGGGGGACUCCUACGAGGCCAAAGAAGUUGUGGACCUGCAGAGCCACCAACUGCGGGACGGUGGCCUUGGCCCCCGUGACGGCAAGAAGUGGACCCACACCUUCCUGCUCAUCGACACAGCUGGGCUGCAGGGCUACGAGCUCUUCUUCAAGACACGUGAGCUGAAGAAGAAGUGGCUGGAGCAGUUCGAAAUGGCCCUCUCCAACAUCUUCCCUGAGCACGCGCUGGCUGAUGGGCACGACUUCCAGAUGUUCUCCUUCGAGGACACCACAUCCUGCAAGGCCUGCCAGAUGUUGCUGAGGGGCACGUUCUACCAGGGGUACCGCUGCAGCCGGUGCCGGGCCCCCGCGCACAAGGAGUGUCUGGGGCGGCUGGGGACCUGCGGCAGGGGCGGCGCUGAUUCAAGCUCUGGCACUAGGAAGAACAAGUCACAGCGGCCGGGCCCUGAGAAGAAACGGGGAGACUUGGGGCUGCCCAAGGUGGAGGCGAACCAGCACUAUGGUGGGGUGCCCCCACCACCGGGGUCCAUGGGUCCUGCCCUGCGGCUCAGCCCUGGGGACAUCGUGGAGGUCACUGUGGCCGAGGCGGAGCAGCUCUGGUGGCAGGGCAGGAACGUGGUCAACGGUGACGUGGGCUGGUUCCCCUGUGCCGCUGUCAGACCCUUCAUCUGCACGCCGCUGCCGGAUCUCUCAGUCUACCUCUGGUAUGCGGGCCCCAUGGAGCGGGGGGAAGCCGAGCAGAUCCUGACACCCCGCUCGGAUGGCGCCUUCCUGGUGCGGCAGCGGGUGAAGGACGCCGGUGAAUUUGCCAUCAGCAUCAAGUACCGCACGGAGGUGAAGCACAUCAAGGUGAUGACGGCAGAGGGGCUCUACCGCCUCACAGAGAAGAAGGCCUUCAAGGGGCUGGUGGAACUGGUGGAGUUCUACCAGCGCAAUUCACUCAAAGAUUGCUUCAAGGCGCUCGACACGGCCCUGCUGGUGCCCUUCAAGGAACCCGAGAGCCGGGCUGGCCCCUGGCCACCCGGGGCCGUGCGCAGCUUCGGCUCGGCCAAGGCCCGCUACGACUUCUGCGCCCGGGACCGGACGGAGCUGACGUUGCACGAGGGCGAUGUAAUCCGUGUCCUCAGCAAGAAAGGCCACCCGGGCUGGUGGAAAGGCGAGAUCUAUGGGCGGGUCGGCUGGUUCCCCGCAAACUACGUGGAGGAGGAUUACUCGGAGUACUGCUGACCGCAGGAUCCCCCAGUCCUGUCCCCAACCUCAUGUCCCCCACCCCGGUCCCCUGUGUCCUGUUGUGUCCCCUCCCGUCCCCUCCCCCCCCGGAGGUCACUGCAUCCCCCCCUGCCCCCCCCCCCCCCCCCCCAAUUAAUUUAUGCCUCCUCCUGCCCAGGAGGGGCAAUAAACGAGGAUGACGA